AUGACCGAGGUUUACCCCAUCUGGUGCAAUGGCAUCGACCUCCGGGACAUUCUCUCCGCCUUCCCGGGCAAGGUGGCCACUUUCUCGGAAUGGUACCUCGGGCCGCCCCUCCAUUUUUGUCGGCUCUGUAAGGUUGACUUGCAACCGAUCAUUGAUAAGCGCUGGAUCCGCAUCCACUAUCUCUCGGUGGGGGCCAUGGACUACUCGGCAAGCAGCAAGCGGGCGCUGGAGUGGGCCGUCCGGAACCUGCUCCGCCGGGGCGACACCAUCGUCGUCCUCCACGUCCAGCGCCACGGCGGGGAGGAGGCCAAGCACGUUGUCUGGGCCAAGUCUGGAUCCCCGCUCAUCCCUCUGUCCGAGUACCGGGAGCCGGAGGUGAUGAAGAACUACGGCGUGACCUGCGAUGCCGAGGUGCUCGACAUGCUCGACACCGCCUCGCGCCAGCUCGAGCUGAAGGCGGUGGCAAAGGUGUACUGGGGCGACGCCAGGGAGAAGCUCUGCGACGCGGUGGAGGAGCAGAAGAUCGACACGAUCGUCAUGGGCAGCCGCGGCCUCGGCACCAUCCAGAGGUACGAUAUUACUCCUGUCAAAGUGUUGCUUUGGACAUGUGCGAUUCUUGGUCAUAGUUUCCCAGAGCACGAAAUUGGCGGUUGCUGCUUGCAUAAAGUAGUACGGUUGCAUGGUGACAGUUUCACCAUGAGAAUCAUCGUCCGUCCGCGGGUGCUGAUUGGCAGGGAGAAGGUGGUGCUGGGGAUCUUGAAGACGGUGAAGAACCCGCGCAACACCAUGCUCAAGACCUCUGUGAUGGCGUGCACUGCUCUGCACUGCUCUGUGUCCAUUCAUGCUUCACAAAGGGGGAGCUAG